AUGUACGUGACGAGGCCAUUGUCGCAGUUUAGAAGGUAUCAGAAGACGCUCUCAGAGGAGUCACCGGAAGGUCCGUUUUCCGGCGUUCUGGUGAUCACAGACGAAGAAGCAGAAACAGAGGACACGUUCUGUUUCGGGAUGUGUAAAAGGACAAAAAUCGAGAAGCUUCCAUUCCCUCAAGACAAGAUCAUGUCAGUUGUUCACACAGACAGUUCUGGUAACAGAGAGACUUCGGUUAAGAAGGUCUUGUUCAUACCAGCUCUCGAUCAACCAUUGUCUUCAAACCGGUAUUACGUUGUUCACGCUAGAGGCAGACACAAAGGGAAAGUGUGUGUGUGUUCUAGUGAAAUAGAGAAAGGAUUUUGUUGUUUUCCAGAUAUCUUGCAUGACAAGAAACCUAAACCUUUGGAUCCAAGAAACAUAUAUCAGACAGUAAAGAUCAACCGGCAUCACGAGCAGACGUUCUUUGCGAAAUCAGUUGCUCCAGAUGGUGUACCGCCUUCAUUUCUUAAGAAGAAAGGGUGGGAGCUAAGAACCACGAGGAGUCUGCAUCCGAGGAGACCUAGAGAAGCUCUAGGCCUAGAUGAUGAGCUUAGAGCCCGUCUCCCUGAAUUUGAAUUCCCUAUCACUACAAUUCGGUCUGGGAGUGUUAUAGUGGGAGAAUGGUACUGCCCGUUUAUGUUUGUGAAGGAGAAUUGUAGUGUAAGUCACCAAAUGAAGAAGUCAAUGUUCUAUAGGAUGACACUGUCCCAAUACUGGGAACGGAUCUACCACUGCGAGAACAGUAACUUGAAUGAAACCAACAAUGAUAUCGACAGAGACAAUGAUGAAAAUGAAGAAGAAGUGGUGAGAGUAGAGGCAAACGUGGUGAGAGAGGCGAACUAUGUGAAGGGUAUGGAGGCGGUUAAGGGGGAGAAAGAAGGGCAUGGAGGGUUUUAUUGGUAUAGGCAGCUUCAAGUUUCGGGGAGGAGGAAGACGGGUCUAAGGUCAGCGGUGGGGCUGAGUUUCGCGGUUGUGGAAAGGAUGAGAAGGGUAAUGGAGGAAGGAGGGUGGGUGGGAGGUGGGAGGAAAGUGGUGAGAGUGGAGAGAGAUGAGCCAAUUAGGGUUUCUAGAAGAGAUCAGUUUAGGGGUAUGAAUGAUAACAAUGAUAGAGAUUGGAGGAGAUUUGGGUGUUAUGUGUUGGUGGAGAGUUUUGGGUUGAGAAGAGCAGAUGGAGUUUUGUUGGUUAAAUGUGUAUUUAGACAUUCUCAAAGACUGAGAUGUAAGUGGGAGUGA